AUGCAGCGAGGCGGCACUGGGGCAAAUUUCCAGGCUCUCAACGGUCCUCACCAUUGCCCCGGUGCCGCCUCAACAUCAAAACUCAUGCUACGACUAGCUGGGCGAAUUCUAGCUCCGUCCGAAUCUCCUCCCGAACGGUUUCUUCCCGGCAAGGAGCUAGAAUUCGCCCAGCUCCAGAAGGAUGAAAACGGCGGUGUCCUCCGUGAACCAACUGAUGCGCACUGUCCCGAACCGUUGUACGAACAUCAUGGCUUCGAGACAGUGCGGAUCAGCUGGUUCACGGAGCCUCGAGUGUGA